AUGUUUCUCGCGUGGUUUGAAGCAAAUCGUCAGUAUGUAGGCGGUCGCAAUCUAACAUAUGCUGAAUUUCCAACAAGAUUUACUUUUGAGAAGAAUGACAAACAGUGGCAGCCACGUAAACUAGGAUAUCAAAUUGGAAGGCUUCAUUACACGCCGCCUGAUAUAUGGGAGUUGUACUACAUGAGGAUACUAUUGACCGUUGAGUUGUACUACAUGAGGAUACUAUUGACCGUUAAGAAGGGCUGCAUGAGAUAUAGAUGCAUAAAAACGAUUAAUGGACAUACCUAUGACACGUUCCAGGAAGCACGCUCUGCUUUAGGAUUACUUGAUGACGACAGAGAGUUUAUAGAUGAUAUCACGGAAAAUGGUGAGUUAGGUUCGGGCCAUCAAUUGUGUUGGUUGUUUGUGCAUCUCUUAACCACUAGGACAAUGACGAGCCCUGAUAUAGUAUGGGAUGCGGCAUGGCAGCUACUGUCCGAUGAUAUCUUAUUUGAACGUAGGAAGCGUCUGAAUAUUCUGGGAAAACGGACGUCGCUUACUGACUUCAAAUCUAUGCCCAGGCCAAACGCGGCAGACAUGCCAACUUUCACAAACAAGCUUAUCAUUGAUGAGCUAAAUUACAACAAAGUUGAACUGGAAAAGACACACGUUGAUAUGUUACUGAUGCUAACUGAUGAACAAAGAUGUGUGCAUGACAAGAUCAUGGAGUCUGUUGGUUCUGACGACAAUGGUUUCUUUUUCUUAUAUGGUUACGGUGGUACGGGAAAAACCUUUAUAUGGAAAAGAUUGUCGGCUGUUGUUAGAUCGAAGGGGUUAAUUGUAUUGAAUGCUGCAUCCAACGGUAUAGCGGCUCUUCUAUUAUCAGGUGGAAGAACCGCGCACUCCACGCCGACAGUCCCUAUUGAGAUUAAUGAGGCGUCAUCGCUUACGAUGGAAAAGGAUAGUCCUUGGGCAGACCUGGUGUGUGCUGCAAAGUUGAUAAUUUGGGAUGAGGCUCCAAUGAUGCACCGAUGGUGUUUUGAGGCAGUUGACCGAUCAUUGCUUGAUAUCAUGUCCAAGAAUGAUCCCCUAAACACACUUAAACUUUUUGGUGGAAUGGCAAUAGUUUUAGGCAGAUAUUGCAUGUUGUCUGAGGAGGAACGAUGCCAGAUAUUGUUGAUGCCUCGGUCAAUUCGUCAAAGAUAUGGACUUAUUGAAGAAAUUGCUAAUUUUUGCAAGUGGAUACUCUCAAUUGGAGACGGCAACGAUGCUUCGGGUGACAAUGGUGAAAUGAAGGUAGAAAUUCCUGAAGAUUUGCUGAUAUCAGACACAACAAAUCCGUUGAUGUCACUUAUAGACUCUGUGUAUCCCGAUCUGAAUGAUAACCUUGGUGACCAACUAUUUUUCCAAGAAAGGGGAAUACUCGCACCCACGCUUGAUUCAAUUGAGCAUAUUAACGAAUUUAUGAUGUCGCUGAUUCCAGGUGAAGAGAAAGAGUAUUUAACCUCUGAUUCUAUUUUUAGAUCAGGUGAAAAUUCUGAUGUCCAAAGCGAGUGGUUAACACCAGAAUUUCUUAAUGGUAUUAAGAGCUCUGGAAUUCCAAAUCACAGAUUGAAACUAAAGGUGGGAUGUCCAGUUAUGCUGUUGAGAAACAUCGAUCAGGCCAAUGGAUUGUGUAAUGGUACUAGGCUGACAGUUAUACAUCUAGGGAAGAGCACGAUAACUGCUACCGUAAUUACAAGGAAAAAGGGCAGGUACUAG